AUGGGAAGUUCCGAAGUGUUGCAACGUCCCCCAGUUACGUCGUGGCCCAGGAUGAAUGUGAUGCGCCUGCUGCUGCCAGAGGACUAUUGUUUGCUACGGAACCCUUCCAUUGUGUUCUGUAGUUUGGUGGUGAUCGUGAUCAGCGAGUGGAAGGGGGAGGACUGUCGCAAAGCGGGGGCGUGCUUGUGGAAAAGUCAGUAUAAGGAAGUCGAAAAACAGAUGAGGGUGCUAAGGCUGAUAUGUGGCGUUGUAUUGGAGGAGAGUUUGAACAGUGAGCGAGGCGAGCGUGUUCGUGUUUACGUUGUCGGCGGCGGCAGCGGCGGAGAAGGGGAAGCGGAUAUUCCCGGAAAGGCGCGUCUUGGGCGCAGCGUUGUCACGGCGCAGGCGCGACUGCGACUGGAUUCCUAA